UGCCUCUCUCGGUUUCUCGGUCACCUCGUCUUGUCUCGCCUCGUCAUUGUCCCCGUCACCGUCCCAGUCACCGACGCCCCGAGUCUUGUGCCUAGCGUCGCGUCGCCUGCGACAGCCGUGUUUAGCUACUGAAUUGCAUUCAAAGUGUAUUUGUUAAGUGCUCGGAAGGACACGCGCUUUUCGCUGCCAAUUCGGCGAACUUGGCCACACUGAAACAAGACACACACACACACGCGCGCAACUAAGUAAUAUAUGCUUGUAUAUUUACAUAUGUAUACACAUAACGGUUGCCAAAGUGUGAUAAGCGAACGCUGAGAGCGAAGAGUGCGCGCCCGCCACAAGUAAAUGGUGAAUUUAAUGGCCUUCAUCGAUUGCCAGGCAAAUGCCAGCUGCUGCAGCAACAAUUUCAAUAAUUGAUAACAAUUCUACAAUAACAACAAAUGCAGCAACAGCAACCGCAACAGCAACAGCGACGGCAGCAACAACAGCACGCACGCAUAUCCUUAAUGCAAGCGAUAUAACUGAUAUAACUGAUAUUACGAUAUAACCACAACCGACGCACACUUAUAAUUAUAAUCAAUCAAAUCGAAUCUGAACUAAAUUCAACUGGUUUUCCUCCCAAUUUCGAUAGCCACUGGCAAACUGUUCACGUUUCUACUCGCAUACAUGCUUGCAUAUAUUAAAUAGUUAUUAAACAAAUUUUCAACAAAAUCGAGCAAAGACAAUACACAGGAAAAAUACUGCAACGCACGCUACUAGGAAAACAAGCUCGACACCUUUUGCAUUGCACUAGAUGCAUUAAACUACUGAGCAGCUCGGAACGAACCACCAAUAAAAACAAAAACAACAUCUACACACACACACACACACAAACACAAACACACACAGCAACAAAAUGGCCUUAAUUAUGAAAUACAUCGAGAGCAUAAACAGAUAUAUGGACUCACAUAGUGAUUCAAGGACAAAGGACUGGCCCAUGAUGUCAUCACCCUUCCCCACACUCGCCGUGUGCCUCACAUACGUCUACCUGGUCAAGGUGCUUGGGCCGCGAUUAAUGGAGAAUCGAAAGCCGUUACAUCUACAGAACAUGCUGGUCAUCUAUAAUGCGUUACAGGUUGUAUUUAGCGCGUGGCUCUUCUAUGAGUGUUUAAUGGGCGGCUGGUGGGGUUCGUACAGCUUCCGCUGUCAGCCUGUGGACUAUAGCGAUAGUGCCACAUCUAGGAGAAUAGGAGUUUCCGGUUGGCUAACUGGACAUUAUAGCUUCCGAUGUCAGCCAGUUGACUAUAGUAAUAAUCCUAGAACGUUAAGGAUGGUUCACGCGUGCUGGUGGUAUUAUUUCUCGAAGUUCACAGAGUUCAUGGAUACGAUUUUCUUCGUGCUGCGCAAGAAGACGAGCCAGGUGACGACACUGCAUGUCAUACAUCACGGCUGCAUGCCCAUGUCCGUGUGGUUCGGUGUCAAAUUCACUCCAGGUGGCCACAGCACCUUCUUCGGCCUGCUCAAUACCUUCGUGCACAUUGUGAUGUACACGUACUACAUGUUCUCGGCCAUGGGUCCACAAUACCAAAAGUACCUCUGGUGGAAGAAGUACCUGACAACGCUCCAAAUGGUUCAGUUCAUUCUCAUCAUGGUGCACGCCUUCCAAUUGCUCUUCAUUGACUGCAAUUACCCGAAGGCCUUCGUCUGGUGGAUCGGAAUGCACGCUGUGAUGUUCUUUUUCCUGUUCAAUGAGUUCUACAAGGCAGCCUACAAAAACCGUCUAAUGAAGAAGAAUGCGCUGCUGGCCAACGGACACGCCAAGCCGAAUGGCUACUGCAAGAGCAUCAAUGCCCACGACGAUCUGUUCCUGCCACAGCCCGCGGCCCAGACGACGCCGGCGUCGACGGCCAAGGCCAAUGGCAAUGCGACGCUCAGCAACGGCCAUGCGAAUGGCCUGAAGAACGGCUACAUGCCGCUGCCCAAUGGCAAUGCGGCGGCCGUGGCCAAUGGCAGUGCGCACAAAACGAACGGUAUCCUGCUGGCAACUGGCUUUGGCAAUGGCAGCGGUGGCUAUGCCACCAAGCUGCUGGACGAUGUGGCACAGGAGCUGACGCACCGGAAGACACAAAAAUAAUAUCGGGAUAAUGCGGGUCGGCGCCAACAUAAAGCUUAGGAUGGUAGCAGAAAGCACAGCAAGCGCCAGGAGCACCACCAUAUGCUCCAACAGUCAUAAGCACACACACACACACACCCACACACACACCCACACACCUACACAUACA